ACUCAUCCUCACAUUUCCCAGCUGGGCUCGUUGGACUCGUGUAUGCGUGACUUAAAAUAACAACAUCAAGAAAUCAUUGUAAACAGUGUAGUCUUACUGUGGAGCAGCGUACACCGAAGCUGCAUCAUUAUGUAACCUCACUGUGAACAAGGUACGAUUAUUUUAGUGAUUUGCAGCGGGAGAAGCCGCAAAACAGCCAUUUCUAGAGCUUUUCGCUGGAGAAGUGGAGUCGUGUGAGGAAGUGGAGACAGAUAACCAUGUCCAGUCCAGUCAGACCCGCGCAGACGCCGGGAUCCGUCUUGUGGAGAUGCGGAGAAUAAUUUGCCACAGAUUCCUCUGCAUAGUGGAGGCACUAUCACAGACCACGUGAGAGGAAUAUUCAAUGACGGUCCCCGACAGACCUGUUCAUCUCUGUUGGCACUCCUCUGCUGGGUGACAUGGACUCCUGGACGCUAUACACUCUUAGCUUUACAGAAACGAGCGAAGAGGGAGGGCGACACUCUGAAUGUAACCUCUGAUCGCUUUUCUCUUCUUUUUCAGGUCUUUUUGUUUCUUUUUCUCCCCCUUUCUUCUUCUGUUCUCCUCUCCGGCAGUUAGAGGGAGUAUGGCUUGGCCGUGCAUCAGCAGAGUCUGCUGCCUGGCUCGUUUCUGGAAUCAGUUCGACAAAUCGGACCUCUCCGUCCCGCUCACCAUCCAGAACUACUCGGACAUCGCCGAGCAGGAGGUGCGGUCCGUCACCAAGCAGGUAUCCGCUUCGGAGCGCGCACCCGGCAAUAACUACACACCAACUCCGGACACGCGUGCCAAAGGCUCCCCUCAUGCGCCCGCGGAUGGCACUGGGACCCGAGGAUCUUUCAGGUCACGGAAGGAGCCCAGCUACAAGCCCCGGGAAGACUACCACCCCCCGGGAGUACCUUUCCCCAGUGUUACGCAGUACAAGCAGGAUUUCAAACCAUGGCCCAUCCCCAGGAAGGAGAAUUUCCCGUGGAUUAAUAACGAGGGGAGCAGGGCAGACUGUGUGUCGGACAGCCCGGUGAAUACUUACCACGUCCAGGGUCAGCCUGGGGAGAGCCGGGGGGGGAGAGAGGAGAGGGGCAAGGGGCAGAGAUGGGGGGAGCAGCAGGUGAUGGAGGAGAGCAAAACCAGCUCCUACAGGCAAGAGUACAGGCCUUGGGCGGGGGUGCGACCGGCCAAAAGUGCGAGGAAACCCCCUCCAGCUCAGUACUCCAGCCCUGGGACAGAAGCCACUCACGUCCCACGUGAAACCAGCUACCAGGCUGCCUACAGGGGGGAGGUCGGCAGGUCCAUGGGUCUGCAUCAAGGCGAACACGUGAUCCCAUCCGCUGCCUCCAACAUCCAACCUGCCGCUGUCCCCCAGCCUGCCCCCACUGCCCUUCAAGCCUACAGAUUGCAGAGUCCAUCCAGCCUCCAGCAGAGCAUCCUGCCUGAGAGGACUGAGCUCAGUGGAACAAUCAAAGGAGAGGAACAUCUGGUGAGGACAAAACUCCCUCCAAACCCUUCUGCUGUCUUUCAAAGCGGAUCUUCGAGGGUCUUCAACAUCUGACGCCUGCUGCCAUUCUGCUUUGAGGAGUCGACACGGGAAAUGUCCUCACUUCAUUCCACAACACAAGAAUCUAUGCAAGGGAAUGUAUUGUUGGGAAGGCUGUGGAGCCACAGACUCAGCAUCCCAAAUGGAGAUAGUUAGACGGCUCUUUCCUCCCCCCACCCCCCACACUCCUUCCUGCCCCUGUUGCAAUGGAAAUGAACACGCAUGUAAUGAAGUUGAUUUUUUUUUUUUGGAUGUUUUUGCAUAAACGCACAAGAAACUGGCUGCUCUGUGUGUGAAUUUGCGUGUGUGUGUGUGCCUGCUGAUUGGUCCUUUCACUGAACAUAAAAAAAACAAAACAAACAAACAAACAGUGUGCACCAGUGAUGAAGUGACCUUUACCCGCGUAGACUACUGUGUUGCCCUUUGGUGUUGCUAGAAAUCUGCUUGAAAAUAAUUUAUUUCCUCAGCAUCUAUCUGGUUUGUCAGUUUGGAAAAAGUAUUAGUUGGUCUCAAUUUUUUUGUAAAUCUGUUGUUACAAGAAAAAGAGCAAAUGAGUAAUGUAAGAUAAAUGACAAUAAAAGAUCAUUAGCUAGGUUGUUACUUUCAGAUGCCUCCUCGGUUGUAUUUCUUCCUCCCAUUGGCCUGUUAGUCAUGUUUACCCUUUUCACUCUUGAUUGCAAUUAAGAGCCAGUUAAUCUCUCUGGUGAACUGAACCCAACUUCUAAUUCACAGCAAGAAAGUGAGCAGUUACACUCACUGGUCACUUUAUUAGGUAUAGCUUUUCAACUGCUUGUUAGUUCAAAUAUCUAAUCAGCCAAUCACUUGGCAGCCACUCAUUGCAUAUUAGUCAUGCAGACAUGUUCAAGGUGACCUCCUGAGAGCAGCUUCAAAUCAAGCAUCAGAAUAAGGAAGAAAGGUACUUAAAAUUAGUGAUGCUGCUGGUGCCAGACAGGCUGGCAAGAGUAUUUUUAGACACUGCCGAUCUGAAAUUUUCCCACACAACCAUCUCUGGGGUUUAUAGAGCCUGGACCAAAAAAGAAAAAAAAACAUGCAGUGAGCUGUAGUUCUCUGGAUGAGAAUACCUUCUUGAUGUCAAAGGUCAGAAGAAAAACGCAAGACUGCUUGAAGCAGCCACUACAACUAGGGUAUGCAGAAGAGCAUCUCCUAAUGUACAACUCAUCCAACUCUGGAGUAGAUGGGCGGCAGCAGCAGAAGACCACACCGAGUGUCACUUGUGUCAGCAAAGAAUAGAAAACUGAAGUUACAGAUCACGUGGGCUCAACAAAGUUUGACAUUCAACGAGGAAGUUCACUGUACUCAAUGAGCUCCACAGUCACCACAUCUCAAACCAAUAGAGCAGCUCUGACAUGUGGUGGAACAGGAGAUUCACAUCAUGGAUGUACAGCCGACAAACCCGCAGUAACUAUGUGAUGCUGUCGUGUCAAUAUGGCCCAAAAUCUCAGAGGAAUGUUUCCAGCACCUCGUUGAAAAAGUUGGUAAAACCCAGAAUGAACCUAAUAAAGUGGCUUUUAAGAGUGUAUAUAAAAAGAGUCAAAUCAGUCCUUUAAAAUAAUAUUAUUGUGGACAGUCCAGACAAACACUGAGCAUAUUUGCAUUAGUCUCACUAAUAACCAUUUAAAAACUUGCACAGGUGUGUAAUUUGAGAAACUAGCUGUUUACUUGAUAAGUAGCCUGUAACAGGCACCUGUGUCACUAAC